AUGAGCAACCAUACAGAAACCACAGAGUUUAUUCUUCUGGGAUUGUCUGAUGACCCAAAGCUCCAGGUUGUGAUCUUCGUCUUUCUCUUCAUCACCUACACACUCAGCAUCACAGGGAAUGUGACCAUCAUCACUCUCACCUUGCUGGAUUCUCACCUCCAGACCCCCAUGUAUUUCUUCCUCAGGAAUUUCUCUGGUUUAGAAGUAUCUUUCACAACUGUCACUAUACCCAAGUUUUUAGGCACCAUUAUCUCUGGGGAUAAAACCAUUUCCUUCAACAAUUGUAUAGCUCAGUUAUUUUUUUUCAUCCUCUUGGGAGUUACUGAAUUUUACCUUCUAGCUGCCAUGUCCUAUGACCGUUAUGUUGCCAUUUGCAAGCCUCUGCACUACCUAACCAUCAUGAGUCAGAAGGUCUGCACAAUGCUUGUCUUUGCCUCCUGGCUGGUUUCUUUCCUAAUCAUCUUUCCUGCAUUGAUGUUACUUCUACAGCUUAAUUAUUGUGGCUCCAAUAUCAUUGAUCACUAUACCUGUGAUUACUUCCCCCUGCUUCAACUUUCAUGUUCAGACACAAAGUUCCUGGAG